CCUAUUUUUUUUGUUGAGUUGUUUGUAAAAAUAAGUUAAACAUUUAUAUGUAAUUGGAAUAAAAGUAUGAAUUUUACAAAUUCUGUAAAUGUUUCGGUUGAAACAACAUGCGAAAGUAAAAUACAAGAAAUUGGCUACGAUGGCACCGAAAUUUAUGAACCGCCACCAACUCUCUCGGAAAGCCUCAAAAAAUGUGCAGCUAAAAUAGAUUUUAGCAAAACUUCGCUGGAAGAGUUGAAAAAAGAAGAAAAAGCCCAAGCGGAUGAAGCCGAUAAAGAUGCCCAGUUUCAACCGAGUUUAUGGCCUUGGGAUUCAGUGCGCAACAAGCUAAAUGAUGCCUUCACUGAAGUAUGUGUCUUAGCGGAUGUUAUAUCAAUAGCUAAAGACAAACGAUAUUUAGUGCUGGAUCCAGUGCCAGAUACUGAGAUUGAAAAAAAUAAUGCUAUAGUACAAGUUUAUAGUCGCAAAAAAGCCCUCAAUCAAGCUGCCCAAAUACUGCUGAGCGGUGCUGAACGUCUUAAAAAUACGCACACAGAACAGCGUAAUCGCAAUGUCUCAGAUUUCCACAUUGAACUGUUACGUUUAAGACAAAAUUGGCGCUUGAAAAAGGUAUCGAAUGCCAUUAUAGGUGAUUUAAGUUAUCGAACGGCUGGCUCACAGUUUGGCAUGAGUGGCACGUUCGAAGUCACUAAGGCCGAAGAUAUAGCCGAUGAUGAGGCAGCAGGUACUUCAUCUGCUCUCGCAACUACAAACGCCAAUAAUGGUCUACCGAAUCUGUCGCCUAAAAAUAACUCCGCCUUAAGAGUUAUAGUACCAGCAGAAUUGCAGGGGGUGGCUUAUUUUAAAGUUAUAACACAAAAAGAUCAGGAGGAUUUAUGUACGGCUACAGUAAAUUUAAUGGGCCAUGGCCCUAAUACCACACAACAAGGUGGUGUGUGGCAAAAAACAAUAGAAGAUGCACAAAAUGUGCUCUUUUGCAAAGAACUAUUUAGCCAGUUGGCUAGAGAAGCCAUACAACUGCAGGCUCCCAUACCUCAUGUGGUUAUAGGCAAUCAAAUACGAGCCACGCUUUUACCCGGCAUACAGCUAAUUAUUUCGUUAUGCCAUUCCACAACAGUGGACAGUAACCAACCUACGCCCAUCAAUGAUCAUGAUCACGAUCAUGUUUUAGAACAUUCGCUACAUCAACUCUUACGUGAGGUACAUCAUAAAAACUCACAUCAUCCCUUCCCUCAUCCAGCCAGUGGACCAAUGGGUCCGAGCAAAAAACGUAUGUUGGCCGGACCCAUGGCGGCUGAUCGUCAAAGUCUGGUUGAAAUGACAAAAUACCAGACAAUUCUGGAGCAAAUUAUUGCCCAAGCUCAACAUAUUUUUAUGCGCAAACGUACUCAGUAUGUAUUGGAUACGCUGGCCAGAGAUGUUAAGGAUCCUCAGAUCGUAUCACAUUGGAAUGCUAUGACUAGUCCAACAAUGUCGUGUGUUAAAAUUAAUAUUGUAACGCAUGGUUAUGACACCAUCAACCGCACAUCUCUUGUUAUACAUGUACGCGAGAGAUCUCUUAAGGCGAUUUGUCGUGAUGGUCGUGUGAUGCAUCUCUCCUAUGAGCCGCAAGAGCUAAGAGAUUUAAUACUGUGUCAAAUUAAUUCCCAUCAAAUAUCAUGUCUCUUGAACUUGGCACGCUGUAUGGCCUGGCAAGUGUUGUCGAAUAGUAAUCACUUGGGUAUUGGUAAAGUGGAACCUCUAGGCAAUGCAAGUUCUUGUUUGCUGGCCUCACCCAACAGUGAUCGCAUGAUAGCGGUGCAAAUACGCUGUACACAAUCACAAAUGGAUGUUAAAGUUUAUAUAGCAAAAAGUCCAAGACAGGAUUUCUUUCCAAAUCCUCUGGUGCCCGAGAAAUUCUGGGAAAAUUUGGGUGGACAUUUUAAGGAGGUUCGUUUCGAUAAAAUCGAAGGCAAAAGUUUUCUUAAUAAAAUGGAAUUUUUAAUGGCUUCGUUAAAUAGUAAUUCGGCUUAAGUUAAGUAAUUAUGAAUAAUAAAUAAAAAAUAUAUAUUUUAAAAAAG